AUGUUUCCCAUAUCUUGGAUUUUUUUUAAGGAAUACCUGUCCAAAUAUGGAUGGACUGAACAAAUAAACUGGGAAAACGUCAAACACCUGAACCAGAAGAAUCUUGCUGAUGAGCAUCCAGCUCCUAAAGAUCUGAUAGACCUUAUUGAAGAAGGGUCAUCUUCUUCCAGACAAAAGGAGCAAUCUCAGGCUGAGCCCACUAAAAACAUUGCCUACACAGAAGCCUUAAAACAAUUCCAAAAGGCCAACGGCAUACCUGUGACAGGAGAAUUAGACAAAGCCACUAAGGGAGCAAUGAACACACCGCGAUGUGGAGUCCCAGAUAAAGUCUUGUCCGAUGAUAUCUUGAUGGACAAUAAGACAUCCACUGACAACCAAACUGUCGGUUUAAACGAAACUUCCACUGAAACCAGCAAAACUACUGGCAUGAGUGUAGAUUCAAAAGGUCGCAAGAAGCGAUUUUUGCAGCUAUUACUUUCUCCCACACAACAAAAAUUGCCAUUUUACCCUAACGUGGAUAAGGCAAUGAGAAUAGCCUUUUCUAAAUCAAAGCUAACAUGGCGCCUGAUGGGAGAAAGUUUUAGCAAUCAGCUUUCUAUUGAAGACCAGAAAAGUGUGCUCAAAUUGGCUUUUAGGAUGUGGAGUGAAGUCAUUCCAUUGGAGUUCGAAGAGAAUAAUGACUCUCCUGCUUCAAUGGUCGACAUCAAACUUGGCUUUGGAAAAGGUCGUCAUAUGGGUUGCACACAGACAUUUGAUGGCAAUGGACAGGAGUUUGCUCAUGCGUGGCAAUUAGGUGACAUUCAUUUUGAUGAUGAUGACCAUUUUACCACUCCAAGUAAUGAGAAUGGAAUUAGCUUGCUAAAGGUGGCUGUCCACGAACUGGGUCAUGUAUUGGGUUUACCUCACAGCUACAGGACUGGGUCAGUAAUGCAGCCCAGUUACAUCCCACAAGAUUCCAAAUUUGAACUGGACUGGCUUGACAGAAAAGCCAUUCAGCAACUCUAUGGUAUUUGUGAAAGUCCCUUUGACACGGUAUUUGACUGGAUUCACAAGGAGAAAAAUCAUUACGGAGAGCUGAUGAUUCAAUUUAACACAUAUUUCUUCAGAAAUGAAUUGUAUUGGCUUUAUGAAAAUCGUAAUAAUCGAACACGCUAUGGAGAUCCCGUUGCAACCUCAGUUGGAUGGCAAGGAAUCCCAAGUCUUGGAAUUGAUGCAAUUGUGCACAUAUGGACAUGGACAAGAGAUGCCAUCUAUUUCUUUAAAGGUACUCAGUAUUGGAGAUAUGACAAUGAAAAUGAUCAUAUUUACACAAUGGACACCGAGGGAAACAGAUAUCCCAUGUUAAUUUCUGAAGGUUUUCCAGGUGUUACAGGGCCUGUCGAUGCAGCUUUGUAUGAUAGGAGAGACCAACAUAUAUAUUUUUUCAAAGGUCCAAAUGUGACUACUUUCAAUGUGAAUACCAAACAGGUUAAUGGACAUCCAAAAAGAAUCAUAGAUGUAUUUCCACCAGUAGUGCUGAAUGAUCAUCCCAUUGAAAAUCUAAAUGCUGUAUACUAUUCAUAUCACCACCAAUCAAUCUUUUUCUUCAAAGGCAAUUUCUUUUGGAAAGUAGUUGAUGAUUGGGAUAUAAGGCAGAACCCAAUACUGCCAAUGAAUGGAUUAUUGCCCAAAAGAAAUAUAUCAGAACAAUGGUUUGAUAUUUGCAAUGUUCAUUAUUCUAUGCUGAACUAGAUGCUGAAAUUGAUACCGUUCUUAAUUGCAAAUGAUAGGCUUUAAAAUACGACAAAGGCUAUUUUGAAUUGCAAAUGCACCGGUAGCCUGCUUUUGAACUAAAUGCUGUAGUCUUAUGCCAAAAAGUUUCCAAACUUAAGGACAAGAAACAUUUAAAAUGAGACAAACUAUCAUACAAUUCUAAAUAUUAAAAUAAGGGAUAAAACAUUUAAAUGUGUCAAACUUAAUAUGUAGUAUUUUACGCGCAGACAGUACAGCUAUGCAGUAAAAAGGAUACUGAAAUUAGUUUUCUAGAAACCUGUUGCAUAGAUGGUUAUAAUUGUAUAGCCAACUUACUGUUCCUGGUUAGUUAUUUGUUCAGUACAAAGGACAAGUGAAAGUAGUUGCUUUCUUAUUUAUUAAAUAUGUUUAAGAAUGUCACAUGGUAUUUAUACCUAUUGGCAGCAGAGUGAACAUUUUUCCAAAAUAUAAUACAUUUCUGAAUAUUGAAAUGCCACAUAGCCCUCAAGGUUUGAUGAAACCAUACAGCUAAUUAUAAAAGAUGAUAGAAUUAGUCUCUACUUAACUUCUAAUAGUUGUGUUCCCUCUUUCUCUAUCAACUUAACAUUUUUCAAACUGCCUGACAAAUCUCAAGGUGGAUUUACGAAGACUGGUUCUCUAAAUAAAAUAGUCUCAUUCAAUCUACAAAAGGAAGAUUAGCUCAUAAGGAAAUAAACCUAUGAAUAAAAUAACAGAAUUUUCAUCGACAUCCUAAUUAAAGAGUCAUUCUUUGCACAUUCCAAAUGCAUGCUCAUGUUAUUCAUUCAAAUCAUACAUUAAAGUUACAGUAUAAAUAUUGACCCCUGAUUUACAUUUUUUUGCAUUCACAUUGCCCAUUAAAGAACAUUGCACAUUGUUUCAAAUAUACAAUUAGUUACAAAUUUUACAACUUGUUAGCAAAAAUCCUGUACACAGGAUGCACACUGUAAAUCCUGAAAAUCUUAACUUAUCACUAUUGAACACUUUAUUCAAAGCAAUGUUUAUUGUGAAACUAGAGAUAUUUAACAUGUUGAAACACACAAGAAUAUCAUGUGCACACACA